AUGCAACCAACCACCGCCAACCAGAUAUGUUUUCUGCCUCGCGAAACAACAUAUUUCUCCAUUCUGUCAGCCCUAAGUCCAGCUGCUUCUUCUGCUAGAUCUUCUUCAGCCUCUUUCUCCAUCAGAAGAUCUUUUUCAGCCUCUUUUCUCCAUCAGAAGGCGGCAAUUGAAGAUAUUCUCUACGGUGCUUUUGUCUGCCUAAGUGCACCUCUUCUUCCAUUAGAUCUUCUUCAGCCGCUUUCUCCAUCAGAAGAUCUUCUUCAGCCUCUUUCUCUAUCAGAUCUUUUUCAGCCUCUUUUCUCCAUCAGAAGGCGGCAAUUUACUCUAGAUAUUCUCUACAGUGCUUUUGUCUGCCUAAGUGCACUUCUUCUUCCGUUAGAUCUUCUUCAGCCGCUUUCUCCAUCAGAAGAUCUUCUUCAGCCUCUUUCUCCAUCAGAAGAUCUUUUUCAGCCUCUUUUCUCCAUCAGAAGGCGGCAAUUUACUCUAGAUAUUCUCUACAGUGCUUUUGUCUGCCUAAGUGCACUUCUUCUUCCGUUAGAUCUUCUUCAGCCGCUUUCUCCAUCAGAAGAUCUUUUUCAGCCUCUUUUCUCCAUCAGAAGGCGGCAAUUGAAGAUAUUCUCUACGUGCACCUCUUCUUCCGUUAGAUCUUCUUCAGCCGCUUUCUCCAUCAGAAGAUCUUCUUCAGCCUCUUUCUCUAUCAGAAGAUCUUUUUCAGCCUCUUUUCUCCAUCAGAAGGCGGCAAUUGAAGAUAUGCUCUACAGUGCUUUUGUCUGCCUAAGUGAACCUCUUCUUCCGUUAGAUCUUCUUCAGCCGCUUUCUCCAUCAGAAGAUCUCCUUCAGCCUCUUUCUCUACCAGAAGAUCUUUUUCAGCCUCUUUUUCUCCAUCAGAAGGCGGCAAUUGAAGAUAUUCUCUACAGUGCUUUUGUCUGCCUAAGUGCACCUCUUCUUCCGUUAGAUCUUCUUCAGCCGCUUUCUCCAUCAGAAGAUCUUCUUCAGCCUCUUUCUCUAUCAGAAGAUCUUUUUCAGCCUCUUUUCUCCAUCAGAAGGCGGCAAUUGAAGAUAUGCUCUACAGUGCUUUUGUCUGCCUAA